AUGGCUUCUCGGUGUCGGAAAUGUGGACAACAGGUGCCUAGGAACCCACCUUUCACUGCUGUCCGGAUAACAGAAGGAGAAAUGAAAUCUUAUCAUGAUUUUAUAGGAGGAUGCAUUAGACUGGAGCGCAUGGCAAAGAAAGAUGAAAUCAUGCAGCAGGAGAUACGGCCGCUGGUUGCAGUGGAUAUAAUAGAGCAGCUCCACAGGCAAUUUGCUAUCUUGUCAGGAGGAAGAGGGAAGGACGGGGCUCCCAUUAUAACCUUUCCAGAGUUUGCAGGAUUCAGUGACAUACCGGAUGAAGAUUUCCUGAACGUGGUCACAUAUCUAACCAGCAUUCCCAGUCUGGAGGCUGCCAGCAUCGGAUUCAUCAUCAUCAUAGACAGACGACGGGACAAAUGGAGUGCAGUCAAGGCAUCCCUGACACGGAUAGCAGGAGCAUUUCCAGGAAACCUGCAGCUGGUGUUUGUCCUGCGACCCUCCCGCUUUAUCCAAAGGACAAUCGCUGACAUUGGCAUUAAACUCUAUCGAGAUGACUUUAAAAUGAAGGUACCGAUCAUCAUGUUAAAUUCUGUCUCUGAUCUGCAUGGCUAUAUUGACAAAAGUCAGCUGACCCGGGAGCUGGGAGGAACCCUGGAGUAUGGCCACAGUCAGUGGAUACAUCACCGAACAGCUAUUGAAAACUUUGCAAUGACAGUAAAAACAACAGCACAGAUGCUACAGACCUUUGGAACAGACCUAGCAGAGACUGAACUUCCCAAUGAUGUGCAAUGCACAGAGGAGCUCCUCUCUGCACACACUGACCACCAUGGCAAGCUGAAGGAUGAGCUGAAACUAGCUGUGAAGCAGGGAGCCACCCUCCUGACAUGCAUUAGGGAGCCAGUCACCCGAAGCGCCAACAGCAAACUCAGUCCAGAUGAACUGGAAAAUGUGGCAACAGUAGAAAGGUUGUUGGCUCAGUUGGAUGAAACAGAAAAGGCUUUUGAUCAAUUUUGGACCAAGCAUCACCUAAAACUAGAACAAUGCCUGCAGCUUCGACACUUUGAACAUGAUUUUAGAGAGGUGAAACUGGCACUGGAUAAUCUCAUGGAAGCACAAGCAGCUUUUGCUGACAUUGGAGACAGCGUGACUCGAGUGGAGCACCUCCUAAGGGAACAGAAGCAACUGGAAGAGAAAGGACAGGAACCUUUGGAGAAGGCCCAGUCUCUAGCUCUCCAUGGAGAACAGCUCAUCCAAAACAACCAUUAUGCAGUUGACUCCAUUAGACCAAAGUGUGUUGAACUCAGGCGUAUUUGUGAUGACUUUACCAAUGAGACCAAGAAAAAGUACGACAUUUUAGGAAAGUCUCUUGAGCUGCAUAAGCAGUUAGAUAAGGCAAGCCAAUGGUGCGAAGCUGGAAUCUACCUCUUAGCUUCCCAAGCUGUGGACAAGUGCCAGUCACAAGAGGGAGCUGAAACUGCACUGGUUGAAAUUGAGAAGUUCCUGGUAACAGCUAAGGAACACCAGCUCUCUAACCCGAAGGAGUUCUACAAUCAGUUUGACAUGAUCCUCACCCCCGAAAUAAAGGCCAAUGCCCAAAGAAUUCUACAAAAGCUAGAGGAUGUACAAGAAAUGUUUGACAAGAGGCAAGUCAGUCUGAAGAAGCUGGCAGCCAAACAGACCCGGCCAGUACAACCGGUUGCCCCACAUCCUGAAUCUUCCCCAAAGCGAGCAUCACCAAAGAUUACCAGACCAGCAGGAGUAGCUACCAACAGGAGGCCCACAGAAAUUUCCUGCCCUCCGAAGACCAUUUCUGAAGCAGAGUUAUCAAAAAAGAAAAGCGUUAAGAAGACUAAAGGUGGAAUUAAGAUUGAAGUGAUGCAUGAAGCUAGUCAAGGAGGAUCUAGCAGAGUCCUGGUGAUGAGUGAAAGUGAUGAGAACUUGUCAACAAGGAAGAGCCACAUAAUCAAUGAGCUGAUAGAAACAGAACGGGUUUAUGUAGAAGAACUGCAAAAUAUAAUAGAGGGGUAUGCUUCACAAAUGGACAAUCCCAAUUUAGUACAUCUGAUUCCAUCUGCACUCCAGAACAAGAAAGAAAUUCUGUUUGGGAACCUCCCAGAAAUUUAUGAAUUCCACAACAGGAUUUUCCUUAAGGAGAUAGAAAAUUGCAUUGAAAACCCAGAGCUUCUUGCCCGAUGUUUUUUGAAAAGAAAAGAGGACCUCCAAAUAUAUGAAAAAUACUGUCAGAAUAAGCCAAGGUCUGAAGCUCUCUGGAGACAAUGUGGAGACAGCAUCUUUUUUCAGGAAUGUCAGCGUAAAUUGGAUCAUAAGCUGUCACUGGAUGCUUAUCUCUUAAAGCCAGUCCAGAGAAUCACCAAAUACCAGUUGCUGUUAAAAGAAAUGCUCAAGUGCAGCAAGAAUUCAGAGGGAACUGCUGAAUUGGAAGAAGCUCUGGCCACAGUUCUUGAUAUCAUCAAGUCAGUAAAUGACUCCAUGCACCAGAUAGCAAUCACAGGAUACGAGGGGGAUGUAAAUGAGCUUGGAAAGCUGUUGAUGCAAGGUUCCUUCAAUGUGUGGACUGACCACAAGAAGGGGCACAACAAGGUGAAGGACUUGGCUAGAUUCAAACCGAUGCAGAGACACCUCUUCCUCUAUACAAAGAUGCUACUUUUCUGCAAGAAACGGGAGGAGAACACAGAUGGCCAUGAGAAGACAGCUUCCUACAGCUUUAAAAAUUCAUUAAAGAUGAGCACUGUGGGCAUUACAGAAAACAUAAAAGGGGAUAACAAGAAGUUUGAGAUCUGGUAUAAUGGCAGAGAAGAGGUCUAUAUUAUUCAGGCAUCUUCUGUUGAGCUGAAAAACACCUGGAUUUCAGAGAUUCGCAAAGUCCUGACAGGACAACUGGAAGCAUGUAGAGAAGCAAGUCAACUGCACCAAAGAAUCACCGAGAGCGUAUACCAUGCACCAAUGGAUUCCUCCAACGCGAGCAGGUAUAGCAGGAAGUCAUCAAGCGUGUAUGAAAACAAAUCUGAGAUACCGAACGUGGAAGCAUCUAACAAUAAAAACAGGAAUUCCAGUCCCAGCACCAGGCAAAAGAGAGUUGAUGCUUCCACCAGCCUUAACCUUGAGCGCACAGCGCUUGCUAGAAAGCGAUUCACAUUGCAAGGUCUUUCCAACCGCAGAGCUCCACCCAAAGAUCCAGAAUCUAAGGAAAGAGAAGUUACCCGUCGCUUCUCCCUAGCCUCCUCCAUCAGCACCACAGUUAAUGCUUCUGCUGUGACCAAAGGUCCCCUUGUUCCUGCAGUUAAAGUCAAGAGACAUGAAAUAAAGAGUGACCCAACUCCCCUGGGGUUUGAAGAUGCAUUUGAGAACACCAUAUUGGCCCAGACUAAAUGUAAUACCGGUUCCACCAUGAGACCUGUACCUAGAUCUGCUUCACAGACAGGUUGGCCCAGCAGGCAAAUGCCAUCUCUAGACACAUUUGAAGAUUUUGAAGCCAUCCCCUCCAGCACAGAUGAACUCUCCAACUCUUCUGACUUGGAGGAAGAGACCAACCCUAACAAUGGGACCAACCUUUUUCGAGUAGAAGGCAGUUUUGACAGCUGUUUCCCAGAUUCUCUUACACUCGAGGAUGGAGAUUUAGUGCAGUUUGUGCAGGAAGGAGAGAAUGGUCAAUGGUUAGUGAAGAAACUGGUCUCCGAGAAAAGCGACUGGGUUCCUUCCAGUAUAUUGCAGCCAGCAGAGGGGGACAGUAACAACAUAAUUAAGAACAGCAAUGCAGACAUGUACAACGAUUCCUGCAGCACAGCUUCGGUAGAGUCAGACACCAAGGAGAGCGAGGUGGCCAAAAGCUUCCCAGCAGAACAGCGGGCUGGCAGCUGA